UUCCUCCAACCACUCGGAAAUAGACAGUCUUGACACUGGCAUGAGCGUUCGGCUCCAAAGAGCCUGCAAGCCCCCCGCCAUGGCCACCGCCGUGUUAUCCUUCCCGCCAAACCCCUACAAGAAAUUCUCAACGACUCCACCCUCCAUCUCGCCUCCCGACCCCACCUCCCUGAAGCAGCUAUGCAAGGAAGGCAACCUCCGGCAAGCCCUUCGUCUGCUCACCUCCCAGACGCCCGGGCGCUCCCCUCCCCAGGAGCACUAUGGCUGGGUCCUCGACCUCGUCGCGGCCAAGAAGGCGGUCGCGCAGGGCGUUCAGGUCCACGCACAUGCCGUGGCCACCGGUUCUUUGGAGGGCGACGAUGGGUUCCUCGCGACCAAGCUGCUGUUCAUGUAUGGCAAGUGCGGGCGGGUCGCAGACGCCCGUCUCCUGUUCGAUGGAAUGUCUUCCCGGACAGUCUUCUCCUGGAACGCGCUCAUCGGGGCGUACCUGUCGUCUGGGAGUGCUUGCGAAGCCUUGGGCGUCUACCGGGCGAUGCGGUUGUCUGCAGCGUCAGGGGUGGCACCUGAUGGGUGCACGCUUGCAUCGGUGCUCAAGGCGAGCGGGGUGGAGGGCGAUGGGCGUUGCGGGUGUGAGGUGCACGGACUGGCAGUGAAGCACGGGCUUGAUAGGAGCACCUUUGUGGCCAAUGCGCUCAUAGCGAUGUAUGCCAAGUGUGGCAUUCUAGAUUCUGCAAUGCGGGUGUUUGAGUUGAUGCAUGACGGGAGGGAUGUCGCGUCGUGGAAUUCAAUGAUAUCAGGUUGUCUGCAGAACGGGAUGUUCUUGCAAGCUCUGGACUUGUUUCGAGGUAUGCAGAGGGCUGUUUUAAGUAUGAAUUCUUACACAACCGUUGGGGUGCUACAGGUCUGUACUGAGCUAGCUCAGCUGAAUCUUGGCAGGGAGCUACAUGCAGCACUUCUGAAGUCUGGCAGUGAGGUUAACAUCCAGUGCAAUGCUUUGCUUGUUAUGUACACAAAAUGUGGCCGUGUGGAUAGUGCUCUUAGAGUAUUCCGUGAGAUUGAUGAGAAAGACUACAUAUCAUGGAACUCGAUGCUGUCAUGUUAUGUGCAAAACGGUUUAUAUGCCGAGGCCAUUGAAUUUAUCAGUGAAAUGCUUCGAGGUGGUUUUCAGCCUGACCAUGCUUGUAUUGUGAGCUUGUCUUCUGCAGUAGGCCACUUGGGCUGGUUACUUAAUGGUAAAGAGGUUCAUGCAUAUGCUAUAAAGCAGAGGCUCGAUUCCGAUACACAGGUUGGAAAUACAUUGAUGGACAUGUACAUGAAGUGCCGUUACAUAGAGUACUCUGCACAUGUAUUUGAUAGGAUGAGGAUUAAAGACCACAUAUCAUGGACUACAAUUAUUACUUGCUAUGCUCAGAGUUCUCGGCAUAUUGAGGCACUGGAAAUAUUCAGAGAAGCGCAGAAAGAGGGGAUCAAGGUUGAUCCCAUGAUGAUUGGAAGCAUUUUAGAAGCAUGCAGUGGUUUAGAAACCAUUUUGCUGGCAAAGCAAUUGCAUUGUUAUGCUAUUAGAAAUGGCUUGCUUGAUUUGGUAGUGAAGAACAGAAUUAUCGAUAUAUAUGGUGAGUGUGGGGAGGUUUACCAUUCACUUAAAAUGUUUGAAACAGUAGAGCAAAAGGACAUUGUUACAUGGACUAGUAUGAUAAACUGUUAUGCAAACAGCGGUCUGUUAAAUGAAGCCCUGGUCUUGUUUGCAGAGAUGCAAAGUACAGAUGUUCAACCUGAUUCUGUAGCACUAGUAAGUAUUCUUGGGGCCAUUGGUGGUUUGUCAUCCUUGGCCAAAGGAAAGGAAGUUCAUGGCUUUCUCAUCAGAAGGAAUUUUCACAUGGAAGAGGCAAUAGUUAGUUCCCUCGUGGACAUGUAUUCUGGUUGCGGAAGCCUUAGCGGAGCUCUCAAAGUAUUCAAUGCAGUGAAAUGUAAAGACAUGGUUCUAUGGACAGCGAUGAUUAAUGCUACUGGGAUGCAUGGUCAUGGCAAACAAGCCAUAGACCUUUUCAAGAGAAUGCUACAAACUGGUGUUACUCCUGAUCAUGUUUCGUUUCUUGCUCUGCUAUAUGCCUGUAGCCAUUCAAAGCUUGUUAACGAGGGCAAAUGUUAUCUAGAUAUGAUGAUGAGCACGUACAGGUUAGAACCAUGGCAGGAACACUAUGCCUGUGUGGUUGAUCUUCUUGGCCGGUCAGGCCAGACUGAAGAGGCCUAUGAAUUCAUCAAGUCUAUGCCUUUGAAACCAAAAUCUGUGGUGUGGUGUUCGCUCCUUGGGGCAUGUCGCGUACACAAGAACCAUGAGCUUGCUGUGGUUGCAGCCAAUAGGCUUCUUGAGUUGGAACCAGAUAACCCAGGUAAUUAUGUCCUUGUAUCAAAUGUUUUCGCUGAGAUGGGCAAGUGGAACAAUGCCAAGGAGGUCAGAGCCAGAAUUUCAGAACGUGGGUUGAGAAAAGACCCUGCCUGCAGCUGGAUUGAAAUUGGAAACAAUGUCCACACUUUCACCACAAGAGAUAAUUCACACAGAGAUGCGGAGAGAAUCAAUCUCAAACUCGCUGAAAUCACUGAAAGACUGAGAAAGGAAGGCGGAUACACCGAGGACACAAGGUCUGUUCUGCACGAUGUGAGCGAAGAAGAGAAGGUUGAUGUGCUGCACAGGCACAGUGAGAGGCUUGCAAUAUCGUUUGGUUUGAUUAACACCCGUCCAGGUAUGCCUUUAAGGAUAGCCAAGAACCUCAGGGUGUGCGGCGACUGCCAUGAGUUCACCAAGCUAGUGUCCAAGCUGUUCGACAGGGAUAUCGUGGUCCGAGACGCCAACAGAUUCCACCAUUUCAGUGGAGGAUCUUGUUCUUGUGGCGACUUCUGGUGAACGAUUCUCUUGUUUUCUGAAACUUACUAUAGAAAUUAUAUUGCUUGUUCAUAAACAUGUGAGAUUCUGAAUCAAGUGUUGCGUGGGAGAAGGGUUACUUGCAUUUUCAGAGGUUGUUCGAGCGUGAUUACGAGCAUAACUUCAGACUACGAAGUCUAUAGCUGAAAACCGAAGUGCAGGCACAGCUAACAGCCAUGGCAGCUUGUCGCAUUGGAGAGGCAACAGGUAGGGCUCCCGCCUCCCGAACUUGCCAUGCCGAUACCUUUGGCGUUGGUUGGACCGACGAGCGCGGAUUAUCUUUGCUCUCCUCUGUGUUGGUGAUCGAGUUCUUUGUGUCGUAAUAAUCUUUACCAUUAGUGCUAUAUUUACCCGUUUA